AACCACUAUAUAUAGUUGGAUGAGACUUGAAAGGAUCAGGUUGCUCCAGCAAGACUGCAAGGAGUGCAGAGGACUAUCUCAUUCAUCAUCCAAGGGAUAUUAUCUGACAAUGGCUCCUCGACCAGAGCUAGGUGCUACCUCAUCAGAACUUGGGCUGGACUCCAACGACCCCCCUUUUACACCUGAUGUUGUUGGAGUACCAUCAAAGGAACCCAUAAUUCUACCUGCUUAUUCCACCAUAGCCUUGGUAGAUGAAGAACCAAAAAUAGAUCCUUGGGCACUACCUGAACUGCAGAAUACUGGAACCAAGUGGUCAGAGCUGGACACUAAGGGGAAAUUGCUGCGAGUCGUGUUUUCAUUUGGAAAGUUCAUUUUAUUGCUUGGAUUCCUCUACAUGUUUGUCUGCUCAUUGGAUGUCCUCAGCUCUGCCUUCCAGCUUGUAGGAGGUAAAGCAGCUGGUGAUAUCUUCAAGGACAAUUCUGUCUUGUCUAACCCUGUGGCUGGACUGGUGAUUGGAGUCCUGGUAACAGUUCUGGUUCAGAGUUCAAGCACAUCUUCCUCUAUUGUGGUUAGCAUGGUCUCUUCUGGAUUGUUAGGUGUCCGGUCUGCCAUACCUGUUAUAAUGGGUGCUAAUAUUGGAACCUCUGUCACCAACACAAUAGUGGCGUUGAUGCAAGCUGGAGAAAGAAAUGAAUUCCGGAGAGCAUUUGCUGGAGCCACAGUACAUGAUUUCUUUAACUUUCUGUCUGUGCUUGUGCUGUUACCCCUUGAGGUAGCAUCUGGGUACCUAUACUAUGUCUCACAAUUGUUAGUGGACUCUUUUAAGCUUGAGAGUGGGGAAAAUGCGCCAGAUAUGCUGAAAGUCAUCACAGAUCCCCUCACAAAGAUCAUUAUCCAGCUUGAUAAAUCUGUUAUCAAUGGAAUUGCCAUUGGUGAUCCAGCAGCAAGGAACAAAAGUCUGAUUAAGAUCUGGUGUAAAACUGAAACUAUUGUGACUGAAAAUAAUGUAACAGUGCCUGGUGUAGCCAACUGUACUUCUGCUAUCGCCUGCUGGACAGAUGGAAAUUUUACAUGGACUUUAAAAAAUGUGUCUGAAAAAAUGUAUCUAGACAAAUGUAAUCACAUAUUUGCAAAUGCAUCUUUGCCUGAUCUAGUCGUUGGACUUAUCCUUCUUGCAUUGUCCUUAGUGGUGCUCUGCAGCUGCUUGGUUCUUAUUGUCAAGCUUCUUAAUGCCAUGCUAAAGGGACAAGUGGCUAGAGUUAUUAAAAAAAUACUUAACACAGAUUUCCCAUUCCCCUUUUCAUGGGUGACUGGAUACAUUGCCAUUUUGGUUGGGGCAGGAAUGACAUUUAUCGUUCAGAGCAGUUCUGUGUUCACCUCUGCCAUAACCCCUCUUGUUGGUAUUGGUGUUAUAAGCAUUGAAAGAGCUUACCCUCUUACCCUGGGUUCAAAUAUUGGCACAACCACAACAGCUAUAUUGGCUGCAAUGGCAAGUCCAGGGGAAACACUUGCCAAUUCAUUGCAGAUCGCCAUUUGCCACUUCUUUUUCAACAUCUCAGGGAUUCUCCUGUGGUACCCAAUCCCCUUCACACGUAUACCUAUACGCCUCGCCAAGGCUCUCGGAGAUCGGACUGCCAGUUAUAGGUGGUUUGCUAUCCUGUACCUGUUGCUGUGUUUCUUCAUCUUGCCUCUAACUUUAUUUGGACUCUCCGUAGCAGGCUGGCAGGUUCUGGUUGGAGUUGGUGUCCCAUUUGUGGUGCUCAUACUGGCUGUCAUUAUCAUUAACAUUAUGCAGUCCAAAAGACCACAAUACCUGCCUAGGGUACUGAAAAACUGGGACUUUCUUCCGUUGUGGAUGCACUCCAUGAAACCGUGGGACAGAAAGGUGACUUCAGUAACGUCUUUCUGUAGAGGCCACUGCUGCUGUUGUUGCAACUGUUGCAGAAAGAAUAUUGAUAAGGAAAAGGAAAAGACCUCGAUAGAGGUAUAUGAUAAUCUGGCACUUGAAAAUGAAGUCAAUGUCACAAAGAAAACAACACAUUUGUAGAGUUUUAUCUAAGCUGCAAUACCUGAUCCAUUUUGGUCAAAAUUAUGUUUUAAAAAAAAAAAAAAUGUUACUGCUAUUCUAUCCUGAGCCAAUAAUAAACAAGGUGUUUAAUGAGAUGCUUGACCAAUAAAAUCAAGGUGCUUUUUAAGGUUCUAGGAUUGAAACCAGUUCUGAAUCAUAGACCAUUUCACAAAGCCUGAUACAAUUCCAACAGAACAAAUACAUUAAAACAGAAAGGGAUGACUUUAAAUAUAUACUGCAUACAUCCUAUUAAAGUUAUAUAUUAUUGUUAUAGACCAUGCUAUCAAAAUACGUGUUUGAACAUGUAUAAAACAGUGCAUAUCAACAACAGCAAAGAUGACUAAAACAAAGAAUUACAAAGUGUUUAUAUUAUAUUGUAUUUGUGUACAUAGUUUAUAUGUAUAUAAAUAUGUGU